AUGUGUUGGUCGGCUUGCUCGUUCUCCCCGUUUGGGCCCUGCGUGCCGACCGGAUUUGUGGCGGAGGGGUUCACGGUGGGGGGGGUCGCUCCGCCGGUGGCGGGCGCGCCGGCGGUAGGGGGUGCCGCUGUAGACGGAGCGCCUCCAGUGUGGGGCGUGCUGGCAGGGGGAGCGCCGGAGGGGGGCGCGCUCGUGCGGGGUAUGGCGGCGGCGGGCAUGCCUGCGUGCUGCGGCUCUCCACCUGGCCUCUCUCUAGCAUCGCUGGGCUCCUCACCAAGUCUCUCUUCGCUGGACAUCAACGAUUCCAUCAAAUCGUUCGAUGAACUCGGAUAUCCAUCGUCAGAGACCGACGAAUCUCCUGACGAGGGGGAGACGACGCAGGCUACAUGCAACGCCGUUGUUCCAGCCCCUACUCCUGGAACGGCUCUCGCAUACAUCACCGAUCUCCUGCGACAACUACAGGAGUCUCGCGAUCGAUCCUCUUCGUCCGGCACAUCACCCGAGGUCAUAGAUCUCACGAAUUCCGAUUCUGACAACAUGGACAUGUCUAUAGACGAUCCACACACCUUUUCCAACCCGCUCGAGCGAUCUCAACGCUCGAAUCAUCGCCUACAUCCCUUUGACAUCUCUGGCACUGUUCCUAUCGGACCAUCGGAUUGGAAUACACCCUCGGCUUCACUGUCCCGCUCCCAGAAGCGUGCUGAACGACGUCGUCGUAAUCGCGAACUUCGCAAGAAGAUCGUGUCGCCUCCUCCUCAUGCAGCUCGUCCUACCUGGAAGCGGCUCCCCAUUCCUCUGUCCGCUCGGAUUUCUCCUCAUCUGCUAUCGCAGAUAUUCUCCACGUUCACUCUCAACCCAGCACUCACUUCCAACUCCUUCCACGACUUGUCUGAGUCCGAACGUACCGCUCUACGCAUCGGAGUGAUAUCCCUUCACAACAGGAUCGCCUCUUCAGCUCGUCAUGCUAAUCUCAUCCUCGAGCGAAAGCCGAUCCUCAAGAUACUUGACCAUCAUGUUUUCGACAACGCUAUCGACUAUCGCAUCGGCUCAGGACCCCAUGAUUGGGUCCGUGACAUCAAUAUCGGUUCCUAUCCUGCAGGAAACCGCGCUGUCGACCAUUAUUGGGGCCAUACCUCAAAUAUCACCCCUCGUCCUAUUAUCUCCCCUCGUCUCGCUCGCCAGCUUCGUCUUCAUGCUCCCCAGUACCAGGGAGUUCACGGCGUCUGGCUCGAUCGGUUUACAGGGCACGCAGAACGCGUACGCGACCCAAGGACUCGGUCCCGCGUCUAA